CCUGGGCGGGUGUCAUGGCGGCCGGCGUCGAGUUGGCAGGACUUGUCAGCGAGGCUGGUGGAAAGUGGCCCAAGUAGCAGGACAGACAUAUGGCCCGGGGCAUCAGGAGCUCCCGGGCAUGAGCCAGGCUUCCCUCGCGGGGAAGGAUUUCUCGGUGUUGGCGGCUGUCCGUCGUUCGCAACUCCGGAGCAGUCUGGGCGGUGGUGGGCAGGGUAGGGGCCGGCUUGUCGCUCCCCUCGGAGGCCGGCGUCGCCUUGGAAACCGGAGGAGCGAGCGGAUCGGGCGCUUGACUAGGGGGCUGCCCUCGCCCGCGGGACCCGGGCUCUUGGCUACCGGGACGAGGCUCAGGCCCAGACGGGGAGGGAGCUGCUUUGCAGUCCGCCGCAGCGAUGUCUUCGUGGCUCGGUAGCCUGGGCUCUGGCCUGGGCCAGUCCCUGGGACAGGUGGGCGGCAGCUUGUCCUCUCUCACCGGCCAGAUCUCCAACUUCACCAAGGACAUGCUGUUGGAGGGCACGGAGGAGGUGGAAGAUACUAUGGGAGAAUUCCAAAUAUCCAGUUCUAGAAUGAAGGAAAUUGAAACCAUUCAUACAACCCUCAGGGCAGAGAAUGAGAGACUUAAGAAACUUUGUACUGAUCUGGAAGAGAAACAUGAAGCAGCAGAGCUUCAAAUAAAACAGCAAUCAGCAGAUUACCGAAAUCAACUACAACAGAAAGAGGUGGAAGUCAGCCAUCUAAAAGCAAGGCAGAAUGCACUACAGGAUCAGUUGCAGAAGUUGCAGACAGCUGCUCAAUCAGCACAUUUGGAAGUUGGCAGCUCACCUUCAACAACUACAUCAGCUUCCUUUGUUCCUGGAAUUAGUCAUCAUGUUUCAGCUUUCCAUGGAGAUGAGAUGGACUUUGGGGAUAUAAUUUGGUCACAGCAAGAAAUAAACAGAUUGUCAAAUGAAGUUUCAAGACUUGAAUCUGAAGUUGCCCAUUGGAGACAUAUUGCUCAGUCUUCUAAAGCACAAGGAACAAAUAGCUCUGAUCAGAGUGAAAUCUGUAAACUACAGAAUACUAUCAAGGAGCUGAAACAGAAGUUAAGUCAGGAAAUUGAUGAUCAUCAACAUGAACUGUCAGUAUUACAAGAUGCACAUCGGCAUAAACUAGGAGAGAUAAGCCGUAGACAUAGAGAAGAAUUGGGUGAAUAUGAAGAAAGAAUUGAAGAACUUGAAAAUCUAUUACAUCAAGAUGGCUCAGACAUUGUGCUUACUGAUCAUUCUAAAGUUCAUGAAAUGCAAAAAACUAUUCAUAUUCUACAAACUGAAAAAGCUGAAUCAGUGAAGAAAAUACAAGAACUUGAGGUUGAAAUAAAAGACAAAGACCAAAACUUGUCUUUAACAGAAAGUGACAAAGAAAUAUUGAAGAAAGUACAAGAACUUUUAAAUGUGGAAAAAACCCAAGUAAUACAAGAAUGUGAAAGACUGAAAAUGGAGGUCAGUCAGUUUAUUGCGACAGAAGAAAGAAUUCUCCCAGAUAAUAUGGCUGUCAAAGAGGAGCUAUCGAGACUACAACAAGCAUUGUCUGAUGCACAAAAGGAAAUAAUAAGACUGAGUGGUUUAAAUCAGGAAAACAUUCUUACUGAAGACACUCUACAACUUAAGAAGAGUCUGCAAAUACUAAAAGAAGAAAAUUCAUUAUUGAAUCAAGAAAAGGAAGAACUUCAAAAAGCACUGUUAACAUUUCAAAGUGAACCUGAAACCAGUAAGUUCACAUCUACUGAAGACAUGAAUUUGAAGUCAGAAUUAAAUAAUUUAAAAAUUGAUUUGGAAACAAAGAAACAAGAACUUAAUGAAAGUAUCGCUGAGAAAGAAACACUAAUAGCAGAGUUAGAAGAACUGGACAAACAGAAUCAAGAAGCUACCAAGCAUAUGAUUUUGAUGAAAGAUCAACUGUCAAAACAAUAUAAUGAAGCAGAUAUAACCAUUAACAAACUAAAACAAGAUGUAAAUGAUGAAAAGAAGAAAGUUUCUCAACUUGAAAAUGAAAAGACAAAACUUACUAAAGAACUAGAAGUACACAAAGAAAAGUUUAACCAGAGGGAAGUAUCCCUUCAUGAUUUGAAUAUAAAUAAGCAGGAGCUUGAGGAUAAGAUUAAGGAUUUAAUAGAUCAGCUGGAUAAAUCACAGGAAUACACUUUGAACAUUAAAAAAGAAAAUUCAGAGCUUCAGGAAAAAAUAAAACAGAAUGAAGAGGAUCUUUUUAUCACUAGGAAUGACUUAACUAAGCUUCUUAAUCAAGAAUCUAACAGUAACUUUCAGAAUGACUUACUUAAAGAAAAGGAAACAGAAAUUAGGAAUUUAAAUAAACAUCUUUCAGAAAUGAAAGAACUCAAUAAAAAUUUAGAGAAAACGGCUUUUGAUGUCAAAAUAGAAAAUGAAAAGUUGGUUUUAGCUUGUGAAGAUAUAAAACAGAAACUACAGGAAUCUGUUACUGUUAAGAAUCAGGUUUCCCUAGAAAAAGAUACUAUUAUUGAAGCUUUAAGAAUGGAAAAAGGGCAGUUAGAAGUAGAAUUACAUCAGACUGAAAAGAGACUCUUGGAACAAGCUCACAAAUAUGAGCAAACCAUUGAAGAAUUGUCAAAUGCACGCACGAUGAAUACUUCUGCCUUACAGUUGGAACAUGAGUGUUUAAUUAAACUUAAUCAAGAGAGAGAUUUUGAGAUUGCAGAACUCAAAACCAAAAUUGAGCUGAUGGAAAAUGACCAUAAAGAAACUAAAGAAAUGCUAACAACGAGUUUAGUAGGGCAGAAGGAGUUAACACAACUCAUAAAAGAGAAAGAAAUAUUCAUUGAACAGCUUCUAGACAAAGGGCUGAAACUUCAGAAGAAACUUGAUGCACAUGUUCAGAUUUCAGAAAAAAAUGAAAGUUUCAGACAAACUAUAGAAGAUAAAGAUAAAUAUCUUGCAAUUAUGAAAGAAGAAAUCAAUCAUCUGAAGGAAGAACUUGAACGACUCAGGGACCAACAAAGUAGAUCUAUGCCUGUGGCUGAGCCUAAAACCCUGGAUAUUAUCACUGAACUUGAAACUGAGGUAACACAGUUGAAUGUGAUGAAGGGUAAUCUUGAAGAAGAAAUAAAACAUUACCAGAAGACAAUUGAGGAUCAAAAUCAGAAUAAGAUGCAACUUUUACAGACUUUACAAGAACAGAAAAAGGAAAUAGAUGAGUUUAAAUCCCAGCAUGAGCAAAUGAAUAUUACACACACACAACUCUUUUUAGAAAAAGAUGAAGAAAUAAAAAACUUACAAAAGACAAUCAAUCAAAUUAAAACUCAGCUGCAUGAAGAAAGACAGGAUAUCCAGACAGAAACCUCUGAUAUAUUUCAAGAAACUAAAGUUCAGACACUUAAUGUAGAAAAUGGAAAUGAAAAGCAUGAUUUGUCAAAGGCUGAAAUUGAAAGAUUGGUAAAGGGGAUAAAGGAAAGAGAGAUGGAGAUUAAGCUUUUAAAUGAAAAGAAUGUUUCUUUAACUAGGCAGAUUGAUCAGUUGUCCAAAGAUGAAGUUGGUAAACUGACACAAAUCAUUCAGCAGAAAGAUUUAGAAAUACAGGCUCUUCAUGCCAGAAUUUCUUCGGCAUCCUACAUGCAGGAUGUUGUUUACCUUCAACAGCAACUUCAGGCUUAUGUUAUGGAAAGAGAACAAUUAUUAUCUGUUUUGAAUGAAAAGACUAGGGAGAAUAGUCAGUUAAAAACAGAAUAUCAUAAAUUCAUGGAUAUUAUAGCUGCCAAAGAAGCAGCUCUCAUAAAACUUCAAGACGAAAACCAAAAAUUGACUAGUAGAUUUGAAAGUAGUGGCCAGGACAUGUUUAAAGAAACCAUUCAGAACUUAUCUCGUAUCAUUAGAGAAAAAGACAUUGAAAUAGAUGCAUUGAGUCAGAAAUGUCAAACGUUACUGACUGUUUUACAAACAUCUGACUCUGGUAAUGGUAAUGAGGUUGGGGGUGUUAAUAGUAAUCAGUUUGAGGAGCUUUUACAGGAACGUGAUAAAUUAAAACAGCAAGUGAAAAAGAUGGAAGAGUGGAAACAACAAGUAAUAACAACAGUGCAAAAUAUGCAGCAUGAGUCUGCUCAGCUUCAAGAGGAGCUUCAUAAACUUCAGGCUCAGGUUUUGGUUGACAGUGAUAAUAAUUCCAAGUUGCAGGCAGACUAUAAUGGUUUAAUCCAGAGUUACGAACAGAAUGAAACCAAACUCAAAUGUUUUGGUCAAGAGUUGGCACAAGUUCAGCAUAGCAUAGGGCAGCUUCAUAACACCAAGGAUCUUCUUCUGGGGAAACUUGAUGUUGUCUCACCACAGCUGUCAAUUAGAUCUUCCGUUGUUUUACCUACUAGAGAAAGACAAUCUGAAAUAUUAAAUGAAGCUUCUAAACCUCUACAACAAGAAUUAGACCAGCUAAGAAAAAUAUUACAAGAAAAAGAUGCAACAAUUAAGACUCUCCAAGAGAAUAAUCAUAGAUUGUGUGAUUCUGUUGCUGCCACCUCAGGUCUUGAAAGAAGGGAACAUGAAGAGAUUGAUUCAGAGAUUAAGCAGAUUAAGGAAAAACGAGAUACUUUACAAAAAUCACUUAAGGAAAAAGAUCUCUUAAUCAAAGCCAAAAGUGAUCAACUACUUUCUUUAAAUGAAAAUCUUACCAACAAAACAAAUGAAAAUGAACUUUUAAAGCAGGCAGUAACAAACCUUAGAGAGAGAACUUUAAUUUUAGAAAUGGAUAUUCAUAAACUAAAGGAAGAAAAUGAAAAGAUUGUAGUGAUGUCCAGAGAAAAGGAAACAGAGUUUCGAGCGCUACAGGAGACCAAUAUGCAGAUAUCCAUGAUGCUGAGAGAAAGAGAAUUUGAAUCAAAUUCAAUGAAGGAAAAAGCUCUUGCUUUUGAGAAACUAUUAAAAGAAAAAGAACAGGGUAACACUGGGGAGUUGAAUCAGCUAUUAAAUGAAGUUAAGUCUAUGCAGGAUAAGGCAGUUAAGUUUCAGCAGGAGAGAGACCAAGUCAUGUUGGCCUUAAAGCAGAAACAAAUGGAAAGCAAUUCCCUACAGAAUGAGGUUCAACAUUUUCGUGAUAAAGAAUCUCGCUUAAACCAGGAGCUAGAAAGAUUGCGUAACCAUCUUAUAGAAACAGAAGAUUCUUAUACCCGUGAAGCUUUGGCUGCAGAAGACCGAGAAGCUAAACUAAAAAAGAAAAUUACAAUAUUGGAAGAAAAGCUAGUUUCAUCCUCUAAUGCAGUGGAAAAUGCCAGUCAUCAAGCCAGUCUCCAAGUGGAAUCUUUGCAAGAGCAGCUGAAUGUAGUUUCCAGGCAGAGAGAUGAAACUGUACUUCAGCUUUCUGUUUCUCAGGACCAAGUAAAACAGUAUGCACUGUCACUAGCCAAUCUACAAAUGGUACUAGAACAAUUUCAGCAAGAAGAAAAGGCUAUGUAUUCAGCUGAACUAGAAAAGCAAAAGAAAGAGAUGGCUGAAUGGAAGAGAAAAGCAGAGAAUCUAGAAGGACAGGUCAUAUCAUUACAGGAAAACUUAGAAGAAGCAAAUGCUGCUUUAGAUUCAGCAUCAAGACUUACAGAACAAUUGGAUCUCAAGGAAGAACAAAUUGAAGAACUUAAAAAACAAGGUGAACUCCGUCAGGAAAUGUUAGAUGAUGUACAGAACAAAUUGAUGAAUCUAAUAAAUAGCACAGAAGGAAAAGUGGACAAGGUUUUAAUGAGAAACCUCUUUGUUGGACAUUUCCAUACACCAAAAAAUAAACGUCAUGAAGUGUUAAGAUUAAUGGGAAGCAUCCUGGGAAUUAAAAAAGAGGAAAUGGAACAGUUGUUGAAUGAAGAUCAGCGUGGUGUCACUAGAUGGAUGGCUGGAUGGCUUGGUGGAGGAGGAUCAAAAAGUGUACCUAGUACACCUCUGAGACCAAAUCAGCAAUCAGUGUUCAAUAGUUCUUUUUCAGAACUCUUUGUCAAGUUUCUGGAGACAGAAUCCUGUCCAAGCCUUCCUCCACCAAAGCUCUCUGUUCAUGAUAUGAAACCUUUAGAUUCGCCAGAAAGGGGAAAACCAGCCACUACUCCAUCAGGCAGUUUUACAGAUACAAAAGUAUCUGGAACCAGUAGAAGACCAGAUGUAAAUCCGUUCUUGGCACCACGUUCUGCAGCUGUACCUCUAAUUACCCCUGCUGUGCUUGGAGCUGGUGGAACCGGGCAUCUGCUUAUGAAGCCCAUUUCAGAUGCUUUGCCUACAUUUACACCUCUACCAGUGUUACCUGAUAACAGUGCUGGUGCUGUGCUCAAAGAUCUCUUGAAGCAAUAGGUGAUGCUGAAAGCUGAGUUAAGAUAUAGCACUUUAAAGAAGCCGUGAACACUAUUUGUAAAUACCUUACCACAAGAGGCCUUUUGGAAAAAGUCAUGUAUUUGUUUGCAUUUUUACUUAUUUCUCUAAAUUUGAUUAUAAAGUAGUGAAUGCUUUUGGGAAUUAAUUGUAUGUGUCCCAAAUCAAGUGCCCGAUGCCCAGUAUUUUUUGUUUUGGGUUGUUUUUUUGUUUUUGUUUUUGUUGGGUUUAGUUUUUUCUUACCGACUCUGCGAGCUCAUUUUUAGCUGAUGGGAAUUUGUCUUGGUUCUUAGGGAAAAAAAAAAUUAUUAGUGGCCAAAGUACAGGAACUUUGUAGAGUAAUUCUGUACUUAUUGGUAUAAUGGAGAAAUCUGAAUCAAUGCAUGUUCUAAGAUGCACUAGAGCACUUAGUAUAGGCAGACCUAAGAAAAGAUUUAAGAAUCUUUUUCCUAUCAUAAAUUAUGACAGAUUUAAACCAUGCCAAAGUGGAAUGUGCUACUUGAUUCUGAGAGUUAAUAUUUCCAAGAGGAUGGCUUAUUACUGAUACCGAAUAUGCAAAAACAAACCAUUUUAAUUUGAAGUUCUAAGGAGUAUGUACAAAUCAGAAAUUUCCUGUAUUUGUUUUCUCUUGUCUUGUAAUCAUUAGCAUUUUAAAAAUGAGGCAGUUGGUGUCAUGUCUAGUUGUACUAUAAUUGUAGUUAACACAUAGAUGGAGUAAUGUAGUUUAGCAACUAUAUGCAAGUUAAUUAUGUAACGGUACAUUUAGUUUCAAGAUACCAUUUUUUUUUUUCUGAUUUGAGGGUUUUUUGUGAGACACAGAAAUCUAAGAAAGUCAAGUUUUCCCAAUGGUUGUUUUUGACUGUGACAUAAUCUAGACCACCAGCACUAAGAGUUUGCAACUAGAGAAAGAAUAUUUCUUUAAUUUUAUACAAAACCUUCAUAAAGAAAUAAUGCCAACCUGGAAUUUAAUUAAUUGUACCAGGAUGUUAAUAUUUGUAUUAGUAGUUGAAGUUGUACAUUUAAAAAAACCAUUUCUUGCCAUUUUUGUACAUUUCCAUGUGAAUUUAAAAUGUAAACAUCUGUAUAGAAGUGAAAAGUUAAAAGAUACUUAUCCAAAUAUGUAAAUAGGUCUGGUUAAUCCCAGAGGUGAAGCUAGUUAUUUGUAAAUUUUGCUAUAAUUAACUGUAUACUUUAUACUCUGUGAGACAGACUGGAAGAUUUUUAAUUAUAUGUGGAUAGAUAAAACUUGCCUUUCUGGAAAAUUAAAUAGCCUAGGACAAUGCUGUUUCAUGUUCAGAUAUCAUUUAACUUGUUUCUUCAUCUAACUAGUUUUAUUAUCAUUCCUUGUUUAGUUGAUGUUAAAAAAGGAAGUUAUAAUUCAAGUUCUAUAUUAGAACUGUCACACUAUUCUACUACCUGUUUUUCAUUGUUUCCCCAUGAAAUUUUAUUGUUAUAGAACAUAUUUAAAAUAUAAGAUUGUAUAGACUCUUCCAAAACAAUAAAUACAAGAAGCUUUUUGUUUUUUAUUAUUUAUUUAAGUGAAGAUUAAAAAAUACAGUCGUUCAACUUACAUUUUUUGCAGUGAACUCAUCAUAACUCCCAUUUUUUGCUGUAAAAUUCAGGUUGUUUUUUAAAAAAAUAUUUUAGAAAUUGAAAUGGGGUUUGUGAACAUUGAAACCAUUACUCAGUUAAAGUAACUUUUCCAUUCAUCAUUCAUAUUUCUUUUCUAGCCUGAAAAUACCUUAAAGAUUAUGAAUAAUGAAAGAGAAAUUUGCCUUUUGGAAAUUCAUUAUAUUUCUUGAAUAUACCAAAGAAAAAUAGGGUUUAAAACUUUUUUUCUUUUUUGGAGUCUCACAGUAGUAUAAAUCUCUUUAUUCUGGUUUUGUUUCUUAAAUGCACCUUGUGAUAAUAUUUUGGGUCAAUCAAAAUGUUUCCUACUGUUGUUGAAGCACCAUUUCUUUGGAAUAAUAGAAAAAAAAUUCCUAAAUGUUUAAAGAAAACUUAGGAUAUAUAAAUUUUUAUUUGGUGGGGAGGGAGGAAGAAGUGGAGUAUGCAGAAAUGAUAUCUCAUUGUUUUCUAUCACAAAAGAGAUGUAUGAUGGAUGUUAAAAUGACUAUUGAUAACAUUUUGGGUUAUUUCUUCUCUAGCCCAAGUUGUUUUAGAUUUUUUCUUUCUUGUGUCUUAAGUAUAAAAGUAGUUAUGUAGUUGUGCACUGACUACUUAGCUAUACUGUAAUAAAAAGCGCCAUUUUACAUAAUUAUCACUUGACAAUUUUCUUUAAAAUUACACGCUGAUUUAGAUGUGUGUUGUUACAACUAAAUUCCCACUUAGUGAUUAUUAUCAGUUUAAAUCUUUUUUUAAUGGCAGUCAUUCUAUUCUGACAUCUCAUGCUUUUCUUCUGAAAAUUCUUAAUGUUGGAUGAAUGAAUGAGUGCGUGAAUGAAUAAAAAGAAUGAAAAAAUAUUAAGCGCUUACUAUGUGUCUGGCAUGAUGCCAGAAAUGAACCCUCUAUUAUUUUAUCUGAAGGGGUACAGUUUUAAUGUUAACACUCAUAAAUUGUUGAGCCUAAAAGUGAUUUCACUGCUUUCUUGUAUUUAAGCUUAGUGGAAGUUUGUGGUUGAAUUCUGAUUUAAAAGCUACAGUUUUUCACAACAUUUAAAAACAAUUUAAAAUUUAACUAGCCACAAUUGAAAACAACCAAAACAUAAUCAUGCACCAUCUGACUGUUUGAUUUAUGGUUGCUUCUUAUAAUGGGUAAAAAGAAUUUGAUCAGAAGAGGGAGAGAAUGCUUUUGUUGCAACCAACUGUUUAAAAAUUAACUUUUUUCCCCAUGGCAAAAUCUCUCCACUUUUCAUUUUAAUUUUUGUUUUUGAAACAGGGAAAUUUCAUGUAUUUGGAGAAAUGAUUGUCAAAACAGUUGCCAAAUGAAUAGAAAAAAGCCUAUGCCUUGGGGAACAGUAUUCAGAACUAUUUUACAAUGCUAAAAUCAAAUGAAAAUUUUUUGAAUUGUGUUUUCCAAAGGUAAUAAGAUUUUUGCUCCUUAUGUGUUCAUUUAAAAGGUCUUCCACUUGCUAAAAUUAUUUUAGAACAUAUCACACUGAUAUAUUUAAGGAGAAGCAUGUUCCUGUGGGGGGCGGGGAGGGAAGGUGGGGGCAAUGGCACCUUUAAUAUUCUGACGUCAGCUUGUGAGAUAUAAUUUUGUCGUCAGCCUAUAAGAUACAAUUUUCAAAGUUUUCCUUAUCUAACAUUGAAAAUUUAUUUUUUAGGUUUUAGAGAAAUUAUUUGAAAGCUGGAAAUUUAUAAUACACAGCCUUCAGAUCAGUUUGUGCUUUAUUAAGCCACAGGCUAAUGUAUUUCUGAACUUCUUGGGCGCAUUGCAAGUUUUAAAAAGCUCCAAAGAAAGAUGAUAUAUGUAAGUUGGCAAUGUAUGACACAAUAAAAAAAAAUUAGCAAGCAGCUGCUGGCUUUUUCUUUAAGAGGGAGAAAAAUGACUUACACAUGUUGUUUACAGCAGCAGUGAGUGAACUACUGCACCCAACUUCCGCAAGUUUAUAGUUGAAAACCAGAUAUUUCCAGUUAUGUUGUACAGUGUAAGCUUUGAAAUUGUAAGUAUAAAAGAUUUUUUUUUCUUUUAGUUUCAACAAAUCAGGAUGAUGUAUUAAAGUAUGAGAGAUGAUGAGGAAGGGGCUCCAGAUACUACGGAUUUUGAAUUAUUUUCCUACACCCCAAUAUAGGCUACUUGUUAGGUUCUUUAU